CACCAUGCAGACGGUCCCUUGGCCCUGCCUGACGGUUCUCUGUUCCCCCCUCCCCCACCUCCGCGCUCCUGUUUCACUCAAAGAUGGCGUCGGCUCUAGAACCCCUGCUCUGUGGCUGCAUUUUUUAGCCUUGUUGUUGUCUCCAUUACGCACGAUUUUUGGCACCUUCUCCGCGGCGGUUGGACACUGAAUUCCCGGGUUUGACAGCUACUGAAGUGCAAAAGGCGGGAAGGUGAUCAGUCGUGGCUGAUCCCUGGGGUGAGAUAUCUGUUCCGUCCCAGAGCUGAGAAUCCCAGACUGCUGGAAGAGUAAAAGCAAGCAAGAAACGACAAGGAGGAAACGUGGAAUCAGAAAAUAGUUCCUGUCGUGUGGAAUGUUAUAAUCUACAGACUGCAUUGCCCUCAUCGUAAUCAUUGAAACACAAAUUUCAUUUCUUGGAUACCAUGAUCUUCUUUCCUGACUUGCAUUGAGAAUUGGUUAGUUUGCCGGUGGCAGGAAACUGACCUAUCAGGUUUUAUUGUCUUUGUAAAGGUGUUUUGCUACAAGUGGGAACACCAACAUUUCAAAGCCCUUAUCGCCAAGAUCUACUCUACCCUUCUUUGUGUGCUGUGGGAGUUUACGUUGCUAACAGACCUGCAACUUCCUCCACUCCCCCUGCCUCUCGCCAGGGACCUUCACCUGGCUGGGAGUGGGUGGUGAGUGGACGGCAUUUUACUGGGUGGAGGGUUUGCUCGGGGCUGUGCUAUGGUUAACUGCUCAUCACCGUGUUGCUCAUACUCAGCCUCUGAGGGACUCUCUGUGCGUCCCCAGGACAAGGGAUAGUACGCAGACAGAGGGCAAAAGAGAAGGAGGAGGCGGCGCUACGGCGCAGGCCAGGAGUCUCCUUGGCUUACAGUUCCUUUUUUGUGUUUGGGUCAUUGCGGUGAGGCUUCAGGGCCCCUGCACCCACCCUGACUGCAACCAUGGUGAAACUGGCCAACCCAACGUACACCCAAUGGAUCCUAGAGGCCAUCAAGAAGGUGAAGAAGCAGAAGCAGCGACCAUCCGAGGAGCGCAUUUGCAAUGCGGUCAACAUGUCCCAUGGUUUGGACCGCAAAACUGUUUUGGAGCAGUUGGAGCUUAGCGUCAAGGAUGGUACCAUCCUUAAGGUCACAAACAAAGGUCUCAACUCCUACAAGGACCCUGACAACCCUGGACGCUUGGCUCUGCCCAAGCCCAAAGGUGGUGGCAGCUCUGGGGGAGGAGGAGGAGGAGGAGGAGGAGGUGGUGGUGGAGGAGGAGGAGGAGGAGGAGGAGGUGGAGGAGGAGGAGGUGGAGGUGGAGGAGGUGGAAGCAGCAGUGGAGGUGGUGGUGGUGGUAGUUCACACUCCCAUUCGGUGAAGAAACCGGGACUCGAGUGGAACAAGUUGAUAAAGCGGGCACUGGAAGGGCUCCAUGAGCCUGGCGGCUCCUGCUUAAAGAACAUUGAGCGCUUUCUCAAGUGCCAGGCUGAUGUGGCGGCCUACCUUUCAGGCAGCGGCUCCAUGGGGCCCGGCAUCUUCCACCAGCAGCUGAGGGUGGCCCUGAAGAGGGCAGUGGCCCAUGGACGCGUGGCCAAGCAGGGUCCCAUGUUCCAGCUCAUCAGCCGCAGCAGCAACAACCUGGAUGACGGGACCGGGACGGUGUCUCUGGGAUCACUGCCUCCUGUCCGGUUGUUGCCCCAUGAGAAAGACAAGCCGGUGGCCGAGCCCAUCCCCAUCUGCAGCUUCUGCUUAGGGACCAAGGAGCAGAACCGCGACAAGAGGCCGGAGGAGCUCAUCUCCUGCGCCGACUGUGGCAACAGUGGCCACCCGUCCUGUCUCAAGUUCUCCCCAGAGCUCACAGCGAGAGUCAAGGCUCUGUGGUGGCAGUGCAUCGAAUGCAAGACUUGCAGCAGCUGUCAGGAUCAAGGCAAGAAUGCGGACAACAUGUUGUUCUGCGACUCCUGUGACCGGGGCUUCCACAUGGAGUGCUGCGAUCCUCCCCUCACGCGGAUGCCCAAAGGCAUGUGGAUUUGUCAAAUCUGCCAACCCAGGAAAAAGGGAAAGAGGCUGUUACAUGAAAAGGCAGCACAAAUCAAACGGCGCUACAGCGCACCGCUGGGCCGGCCCAAGAACAGACCGGGCCGGCCCUUUAAGAAGCUCGGCGGGCGCGGUCGGAGGAAGCGCUCGGCCUCGGCGAACUCGUCCUCCAGCUCGUCCUGCGAGGGUUACCCCGGAGACGACCGGCUGCUGUUCUCGAUGCGGGACGACGACGACAUGUCUCAGGGCAGCCUGCGGUUCAACAACAAGACCAAAGGCCUCAUCGACGCCCUCACGAAGUUCUUCACCCCGUCGCCCGAGGGCCGCAAGGCACGGCAGGAAGUGGUGGAUUAUUCACAGCAGUGCCGCAUCCGGAAGAAAGCGUGUCGUAAAGGAGAAGGAGACGAUCGAGGAGACAAUCAGGACGGCAGCGACUGGCGGGACGAGGAUGAGAAACUCCCCGGCCACGAGAACCUGACGGAAAAAGACAUCGAACUGUUCAGACACAUCCAGGAGCUCGCACUGCAGAAAGUGGGGGUGACGGGGCCACCAGACCCUCAGAUGCGAUGUCCGUCAGUCAUCGAAUUUGGAAAGUUUGAAAUCCAGACGUGGUAUUCGUCCCCCUACCCCCAGGAGUACAGCAGACUACCGAAGCUGUACCUGUGUGAGUUCUGCCUGCGCUACAUGAAGAGCCGCAGCAUCCUCUACCAGCACAUGAAGAAGUGCAGCUGGUUCCACCCCCCCGCCAACGAGAUCUACAGGAAGGAGGACGUCUCUGUUUACGAGGUUGAUGGGAACGUGAGCACAAUCUACUGUCAGAACCUGUGUCUGCUGGCCAAGUUGUUCCUGGACCACAAGACCCUGUACUACGACGUGGAGCCCUUCCUCUUCUACGUCCUGACCCACAACGACAGCAAAGGCUGCCACCUCGUCGGAUAUUUCUCCAAGGAGAAGCACUGUCAACAGAAAUACAACGUGUCAUGCAUCAUGAUUCUUCCUCAGUACCAGCGCCAGGGCUACGGGCGCUUCCUCAUCGACUUCAGCUACUUAUUGUCAAAGCGCGAGGGUCAGCCCGGCUCCCCAGAGAAGCCCCUGUCGGACCUGGGCCGGCUGUCCUACAUGGCGUACUGGCGCAGCGUGGUGCUGGAGUGUCUCCACGAGGUCCGCGACCGGCAGAUCACCAUCCGGCAGCUCAGCAAACUGACGGGGAUCUGCCCGCAGGACAUCACCACCACGCUGCACAGCCUCAUCAUGCUGGAGCAGCGAGGGGACAGGCUGGUCCUGGUGCGGCGGGAGAAGCUGGUCUCGAACCACAUGACCCGCCUGAAGGCCCGGCCGCGGCAGAUGGACGUCGACCCCGAGUGUCUGCGCUGGACCCCCGUCAUCGUCACCAACACGGUGGUGUCUGACGGAGACGAGGAGGAUGACGAGGAGGAUGAAGAGCCAGAGGAGGACAAAAGCAAGGAGAUCAAACCAAGUCACAAGGUCCCUCCGGUGUCCUGGCACAUGCGCCAAGCGAAGAAGAGGAUGGAGGAGGACGAAGACGACGAGGAGGAGGAGGAGGAAGAGGAGGAAGAGGAAAGAAAAGGCUUCCCGGGGUUUCCCAUCAGCCAAAGCUCUCCCCCCUCUCCCCCCUCUCCUCCCUCUCCUCCCCCCCGCUGUCCGCCCCCUGCACCAGAGCAGCUACGCCCGACUCCCCCGACAAACGGAGAGCGCAGACCGCGGGGGCGCCCGCCAAAAAACUGGCCCUGGGGGAAGGUGAAGGACAGCCCGCGGGCGGGACGGCCUCCUAAGAUCCGCCCGGUGGAGGACGAAGACGAUGAGGAAGACGAGGAGAGGACCGAGGGAGGGAAACACCCCGGCUCUGCCAGUAGCCCCCCCUCCCUUUUCUCCCUGGACAGACAAGAGUCCACCACCUUUCACUCGCUGGACAUGGCCCGGCACCCCUCGAUAACCCCCACGCGCAGAGGGCGGCCCCCCAGGAAAAAGAGGGGCCCUAAGCCCAGACUAAUAGACGGACCUGAGGGGCCGCUGCCUCUGGGGGCCGUCAGGAAGAACAGCUUCAGUGAAAGCAGCGAAGAAGAAGAGGAUGAUGAUGAUGAAGACGAUGAGGAGGAGGAUGAAGAUGAUGAUGAUGAUGAUGAUGAGAGGAGGGCAUGCUCCCCCCCCACACUCACCAAGCCCACCAUGUCGCUCAAAUGCAAGAAGCCGCUGAGAAAGCGUCGUUUUCGGCAGCGCAGCCACCCUCACAGCAGCGUGGUGACGGAGACCAUCUCUGAGACCACGGAGGUGCUGGACGAGCCCUUCGUAGACUCCGACUCAGAGAGGCCGAUGCCCCGACUGGAGGAGGAGACGCCGCUGGGACACCCACUGCACCGAUAUCCCCCCAGCCGCUCCGCGCUGAGGCUCUCGGACCCCGUGCCCAAGAGGGGCCGACACUCCCACCUCUCAGACUCAGAGGAAGAUGAGCUCACGCCUGUGCUGAAGCCUGUGGCUGCUCUGCAGGCAGCUCCAUCAGAGACGCUGUCGGCUAACCCCGAGGUCCCAGUGAAGAAGAAGAAAGGCUGGCCCAAGGGAAAGAGCCGCAAACCCCUGCUGUGGAAGAAUCAAGGACCUGAAAAAACCCCUGCAGCUGGAGAAGGACUGACGCUAAGUGGGGAUCCCCCACCCCCUAAAAUCAAAAUGAAGCCUGGCCGCAAGCCCCGAAGCUGGUACCUGCAGCGGGCCCAGGAGGAGGCGGAGAGGCAGGAGCAGGAGACACAAAGGCUGCAGGAGCAGGGUCUGGAGAAGGAGCCCCACCUGCUGCAGACAGACGACCGCAACAAGCAGCGCAGAGCCAACAGCGACAGCAAACAGAAAGACUCGGACGACGAAGACGACUAUCUGCCUAAGCCUGUGGAGCAGAAAGUGCCCAGGAAGAGAGGAAGACCGCCCAAGAUCCGCAGCCAGCCUCCACAGCCCGCCCCCAAACCGACUCCCACCUCCGAGCCAGAGGAGGAAGAGGAAGAGGAAGAGGAGACUGAACAAACCUGGGAGGAAGAGAAACCCAGCUGUCCUCCGUCCCGCCCCUUGCUGUCCCCGUCUUCCUCCUCCUCCACCUCAGGGCCCCGGGCCCCACCGUCCCAGCCUCAGGACACAGACAUGGGCGACAGGGAGGAGGAGGACGAUGAUGAGGAGAGGGAGGAAGAGGAAUGCAGGAGCACGGGGAGCGGCGGCGGCGGCGGCGGCGGCAUCAACAGGCGAGCCGCGGUCACACCGGGUUCAGGAAGCAGACGCAGCGAGGAUCACGACGCAGACGACGAAGGUGACGGACACCUGGAGGACAAGAGCAACGGCAGCAGCAGCAAGAAGAGGAAAAGCCAGGACUCUGAAGACGAGGAUGAGGACGAAGACGAGGAGGAAGAGCCGGCCUCCCGUGCCAGCUCCCCUCCGGUCAAAGAAGAACCCCAGGGCGGAGAGGCUUUUUUGGACAUGGAGAACAGCGUGGCCCGCGACUAUGUCAGCAAGCAGGAGGAGGAAGAAGAGGAGGAGGAGGAGGCUGAGGAGGAAGGGCAGGAGGUCAAGACUCGGCCCUCGUCAGCCGACCCGCAGCAGGAGGAGCGGCGGCGCCGGGAGCAGGAGGAGUCGGCAGCGGCGGCCGCAGCCGUGGAGACCGUCACCGCCAUGUCCGCUCCUCCCGAGCCCAUGGAGCUGCAGCCGCUGCACCAGGAGGACAAAGAGGUCACGCUGUUGAUGGAGCCCCAACACCCCCACCCGCACUCCUCUCACCCCCACCAGCACUCCGAAUUCAAAGAGGAGCUGGGCCACCAUCAGCAACACCACCCCCAUCACCACUCCAACGAGCUGGACCUGGAGACCAUGCAGGCCGUGCAGUCCCUGACUCAGGGGGAGGCGCAGGACGAGGAGGCGGAGCCACAGCCGCACCACGGGGCCUACCAGGACUGUGAGGAGACCCUCGCCGCCUGCCGGACCCUGCAGAGCUACAGCCACACGGGGGAGGCGGAGGAAGAGUCUCUGGCGUUGGUGGAGGACUGCGGGGCGUCCCAGCACAGCAGCCCCCUCCCUAACCCCAGCGCCACGCCGCUACCCAGUCAGUCCGUGCGCUCUGUGAAUAGCCCGGGGUUAACCUCCGGGAUCAUGGACACCACUCCUGCCGGGCCUAGGGGAGGAACCCCCGGACCCACGGGAGCAGGGGGCGGAGCAGGAGGAGCCGGAGGAGGAGGAGGCUACACCCAGAUCACACCGGAGCAUCCCAGCUCUCUGUCGGCCCCCUCCCAGCAGAACAUGGAGACUUCACCGAUGAUGGAUGUGCCCUCGGUGUCAGACCACUCCCAGCAGGUGGUGGACAGCGGCUUCAGCGACCUGGGCAGCAUCGAGAGCACCACGGAGAACUACGACAACCCCAGCAGCUACGACUCCACCAUGGGCGGGACGGGGAACGGAGGGGGGAUGUCGGCCGUAAUGGCGGGAGCUUCCUCAGCUUCCUCGUCGUCGGCCUCGUCUUCUUCAAACUCGGCGACCCCGUCCUCCUCACAGUCCAACAACUGCUCCUUCGCCCCCGCCCCCAGCCUUACCUCCCCCACAGGAAGCGGAGGGUCCCAACAUGGGAUGGGCAACUGCAGCCUCAUCCAGCAAACAGGGCCCAACACUGGACCUGGAGCCGGUAAUGUGGGCGGUGCUGUGCCCCAGCCCCCGCCUCCUCCACCACCGUCCAUCACCCCCAACUGCGGCAUCAAGUCUCCGCAGAGCUGUGUGAUCGAGCGGCCCCCCAGCACCAACCACCAGCAGCAGCAGUCACAGAAGAAGGUUGCUCAGCAGCAACAAGCCUCCAACCCCUCACCGUCCGCUCCUACACCACAACAGCAGCAGCAGCAGCAGCAACAGCAGCAACAACAACAACAACAACAGCAACAACAACAGCAGCAGCAGCAGCAGCAUCAACAACAACACCAACAGCAACAACAACAACAACAACAACAGCAGCAGCAGCAGCAGCAGCAACAACAGCAGCAGCAGCAGCAGGCCCUGUCCCAGUGCAGCAUGGGUAAUGGCUUUUCCUCCACCCCCAUGAUCAUGGAGAUCCCUGAGAGUGGCGGUGGAGGGGGGGGCCGCACCCUGUAUGAGCGCAUGGGUCAGGACUUUGGCACGGGGGGCUACCCUCAGCCCUCCGCUACCUUCAGCCUGGCCAAACUCCAACAGCUCACCAACACCAUCAUGGACCCCCACGCCAUGCCCUACUCUCAUUCGGCCUCCGUCACCUCCUACGCCACCAGCGUGUCCCUCUCCAACCCCGGGCUGGCCCCGUCCCCCCACGCCCCCCACGCCCCGCUCUCUCAGGGCCAGCCCACCAUGACGCCCCCCCCUAACCUCAGCUCCGGCUCCAUGAACCUGGGCUCGCUACAGCUUCAGUGCAACAUGCCCAGCGCCAACCUGGGUCUGGGGCCCCCGCCUCACACGCAGCGGCUUCAGGGCCAGAUGGCGACGGUCAAGGGCCACAUCUCCAUCCGCUCCAAAGCCACGCAGCAGCUGGCCCCCGCCCCGCACCAGCAGCAGCUGUACGGCCGCAGCUCUGGGGCCGUGGCCAUGCAGGGCGGCCCCCGCACCCUGGCUGUUCAGCGCGGCAUGAUGCCCAACCUCAUGCCCACGCCGGCGCCCUACAACUCCAUGAACAUGCCGCUGAACGCCAUGUCGGCCGGGUAUCGGAUGCCCCAGCCCAUGAUGAACAGCGGCUACCACGGCAACCCCCCAUACAUGAACCAGCCGGCGCAGUACCCCAUGCAGAUGCAGAUGGGCAUGAUGGGCGGGCAGGGAUACCCCCAGCAGCCCAUGCAGCCCAAUCACCACGGCAACAUGAUGUACACAGGCCCCACCCAUCACAGCUAUGCCGGUGUACCCAAACAGUCGCCGUACAUGAGCAGAUGAGCAGCAGAGACGAGGGAAAAAUGAUACUCGCUGAACUCUAAAUGUCCAAAUUUCUCCUGUUACCCUCUCCGGGGCUGCGGCAGGCGCCGGGGGGGCGGAAGUGACGGAGACACAGAGGGUCUAUGGGUUUCCUGUUUUUCUACGUUGUCAUUUUGUCCAUUUUCAUUUGGGCUCCCCUCCCCCUCCUAGCAAGCAAGUGGCUGGGGCUCCCGGUUUAGCGGGUUGUGUGAACAUGGACCUUCUGCUGCAGGCCCACACACUCCUUCGUCAUGUGAUCUUAACACAGGCCCGGGAGAGCGGGGGGACAGGAGGUAACACGGAGAAAGACAAUACAGGAGAACCUCGCCUCUUCAGACUGCGAAUGAAAAACAGUGGUUUACUGAAUAUAUUCAACCAUGCACACAAUCUUUUAAUUGAUAUAGGAAGCCUUACCUUGGAAAAAAAAGAGACAUUCUGGGCAAAUCGUUUGUUUUGUUAAACAUAUUGUUGAAUCUUAUUUUCGUUGUCGUUGUUUUCGUUGUUUUUUUAAAUACUUGUGUGCAGUCCGACCUCUUAUAUGCUUUGGUCUUUAUAUGUGUGGCAUUCUGAAAAGGUGAUACACACCCUCUCGCUCUCAGAAACCCCCGAAACGUGUCUGCCGGGCUGCAUUUCACCCGGUUCCAGAAGAAGCAUCGGAGCGGGGCCUCCAGGUGUGCGAGGUGUCGAGCUAUUCCCAGAGUCUUCCCGGAUCCAUCUUGUUCUACCAAAUAAAACAACAGCAAAGACACAGGAGACACGCGUUACUGUCUGUUGAAUGAAACAAGUAGCAUUAUUUUCCAGUUUUCCGCCACUCUUAGAUGUAAAUAUUCUGGUACUUCCCAAUAUCCAGCACACACACACAUACACACACUGGCUAGUGCUAAUUGGUAGCUAGCUCAGGAAAGUAAAACAUUCAGCUGUUCUUGUUCACACUCCACUGACAGACGGCAUAAUAUGUCAGCCUUUUUUAGCAGUUUACAGAACAAACGGUGGGAUUUCCAUUGAACUGCUUUAACGAAAGUCGGUCAGCUGAAAGUGUAUGCGACCCAGAGAGGUCUGCUUUUGAAUGGUGUAUUCUGUUAAAACUGUAUAUUUUUCGUAUUUCUUUGCUGCAUAAGUCUGCACUCCCAUUAGCUAGACGUAUGGCGGGACAGUCGGCCUUUAUAAAAGGUGCCUAAAGCCUGAUCUAGUGCGCGGAUUGGCCCUCACUCAGAGGCACGCUCGUAUAAAGCAGGGUCGGAGGAAGAGUUCGAGGUUCUGUUGGUUGACUCCAUGUACCAGUAUUCAAAGUCAAAAGAGGAGAUUUUCAUUUUUUCUUACAGACCUGGCAUUGCAUACUUUAUUUGUGUGUAUUGUUCUCUACUUUAUUUUUGUGUUUCUUUUUGUUUCUGAAUUUGAUCAGACUGGGCAGCUUUCUUUUAUGACACGAGCUGACUCUUUUUGACUUUAGAAAACCUAUUGUAGAGAAAAUGUUUUUUCUAUAAUAUAAAAAGGAAACUCUGACAUUGAUAUUGGUACUGUCAUUUUUUUCACUUCUGUUUCAGGAAAAAAAAACAAUACAUAUUUUUUAGCUCGCCUCUUGGGUAAUGAUUACUAAGAAAUUCAAAAUUUAAAAAAAUUACCACUCACUUUUAGUGACUUUAAGAUGCCUUUAACCUCUCCAUUCCAUCUCAUCUCUAGAGUUUUCUAUCUUUGUGUAGUAUAUUAAUGCUAUUUUAAACAAAAGGACUACAAAUAUCUAAAGGUCACUUGGCAUUCUUUUCUUUUUUUACUUGUGUGUGUAUAGGAUGACUUCCUUACAUUUAAGAGGCAUGUAAAAAGGAGCUCAGUAUAUUUCUGUCUGUUUAUAUCGCUUCCCUUUUUGUAUCCUUUGUAAUUGUACAUGUUGCGUUGUAUGCUAAGAGAGAGCGCAAAAUAAAGAGAGGAGAGACAGCAGUGAAGGCGGCCUCCACUCUCUUCUCUCUCCCUGUAUGUAUUUCCAUUUAUUCUGUUUUUUUUUUCUUUCUUUCUUAGCAAGUACUUUCAAAGAACUCUGUACAUUUUAACAUAAAAUGAAAAUAAAUUAUGUUGAGCCAUU